CUACGCAUCGCCAGCAAAAACAACACAUUCUUCAUUACAAAUCUAGUUUGGCAUAAACCUCUCUUUUCCGAUCAUCGCCACUCUGCGCCGCCGGAUUUCGAAUUCAAGAUGCAGCAUGACGAGGUUAUAUGGCAAGUCAUCAGGCACAAGCACUGCAGUUACAUGGCCAAAAUCGAAACAGGAAUCUUCUGUAGAAACCCUUACAACGUAACAGGAAUCUGCAACCGAAGCUCUUGUCCUCUCGCUAACAGUCGCUAUGCCACCAUUAGAGAACACGAAAGUGUAUUUUAUUUGUAUAUGAAGACAAUAGAGAGAGCCCAUAUGCCAAAGAACUUGUGGGAGAGGGUGAAGUUACCAAGAAACUACGAGAAGGCUCUUGAAACCAUUGACAAGCACUUGUUGUAUUGGCCUAAGUUGUUACAGCACAAGAUCAAACAAAGACUGACCAAAAUGACUCAGAUGCGCAUUCGUAUGAGGAAACUUGCUCUCAAAACAAGGGAGAAGAUAAUGACUACACCUAGGAGAGAUAUGAAGAGAGAAUCAAGAAGAGAGGAGAAGGCUAUCAAAGCAGCGGUCUUGGAUAAGGCCAUUGAGACCGAGUUGCUGGAGCGAUUGAAGAAAGGUAUUUAUGGUGACAUAUACAAUUACCCAGAGCUCGAGUGGAACAAGGUUCUUGACGAAGAGAAGCAAGCGGCUGAGGGUGUUGAGGAAGAAGAAGAGGAGGAACCAGAGAUUGAAUAUGUUGAAGGAUAUGAAGAACUUGAAGAAGAGGAGGACAUGGAAGAUUUCUCUGGUUUUCCCUCUAAUGGGUCUGGCUUCGACGAUGAUGAUGAACAUGAUUCAGAUGGUGAGGAGGAAGACGAUGACGUUGAGGAGCAAGUUGUGAUUCAUAAGAAAGGAAAAAGAGAUUCAAGAAAGGCUGAUGAUGUUGGAAAAUCAAAGAAGAAGAAGAAGAAGAGAGUAGUUGUUGAGGUCGAGCAAGAGGAUGGAGACGUGAGACAAACACUGAAAACCGCACGCUGAGGUUAGAGGCCACACGUGAAGCUUGUAGAAGAAACCCUCGAAGACUUUCCUGUAUUGCAGCUUUCUUUUUGUGUUGUAGAAGUUAAUUUUGUUCUGACGUUUGAAGAUUUAUUAUAUACUUCAUUUAGAUGA